GAACACGAGCAGAGCCAAUCAGAAGCCGAGUCCAGGCUGCCUUCCGUUCUUCGCUUCACGCACGCGCAGCACAAGCGAUCACGUGAGAGCCACAGUACUGAGGAGAGUCGUGCGUUGGUCUGCGGAGAAUAAAGAACAGGUUUGAGUGUGUGUGGUGAUUUCUGUCAGGUGAUCAACAUGGUGAAAGGAGACGUGAACAAACCCAAGGGCAAGACAUCUGCGUACGCGUACUUCGUGCAGACGUAUCGCGAUGAGCAUAAGCGCAAGAGUCCCGACGUUCCCGUCAACUUCUCCGAGUUCUCCAAGAAGUGCUCUGUGCAGUGGAAGUCCCUGACCGCUUCAGAGAAGACCAAGUUUGAAGACAUGGCCAAAGUGGAUAAAGUUCGCUACGACAAGGAGAUGAAGAAUUAUGUGCCGCCCAAAGGCGUCGGCAAGAUGAGCAGGAAGAAGAAAGACCCGAACGCCCCAAAACGCCCGCCAUCUGCGUUCUUCGUCUUUUGCUCUGAGUUCCGGCCAACGGUGAAGAGCGAGAACCCGAGUCUGUCCAUCGGAGAGACUGCGAAGAAGCUGGGCGAGUUGUGGUCAAAGCAGAGCAUCAAAGAUCGCGUGCCGUUCGAGCAGAAAGCCAUGAAACUGCGUGAGAAAUACGAGAAGGAGGUGGCGGCGUACCGCGCAGGAGGCGCAGCCUCUAAGAGGGCACCGGGCCGACCAACGGGUUCAACUAAAAAGGCCCAGGCUGACGACGAUGGUGAUGACGAUGAUGAAGAUGAGGACGAGGAUGAGGAAGAUGAUGAUGAGGAUGAUGAUGAUGACGAGUAGAGUGUUUCACUGAUGUGAGACGGCGGAGGGUUAUCUUGAGUUUUUCUUUAUGUACAUGUUUAACGACUCCAGCAAUAACGCAAGUGUUCUGUUCUGUUUUUUUGUUUGGGUUUUUUUAGAUUUCUUUUUAUUUUUGUACACAUUUAGCUGUUGAUUCAAAAGUGUAGAGGUGCUUUUUUUAUAAUAAAUUUUUAAAAGUUCA